AGAGGAGAGUCAAUCUUCAAUGUGACUGAAGCAGUGAAUGACACCUUGAUCUUCAACACUUUUGUGCUUUGCCAAGUUUUCAAUGAAUUCAACGCAAGGAAGCUGGAGAAGAAGAAUGUUUUCAAGGGUAUUCAUAAGAACAAGCCGUUUUUAGGGAUAGUCGGGAUGUCCAUUGUUCUUCAAGUGCUGAUGGUGGAGUUUCUAAAGCGGUUUGCAGGUACAGAGAGGUUGAAUUGGGGACAAUGGGGCGGCUGCAUUGCCAUGGCUGCUGUCUCUUGGCCCAUUGGCUGGGUCGUCAAGUGCAUACCGGUGCCAGAGAGACCUAUUUUCAGCUAUCUCAAAUGGAAGAAGCGUGCAUAAUGCUUCACAAAUUCAUUCAUUCAAUAAAUAUUUGCUUGCAUAUCGUAUGAUUUGUCUCAGAUUUCUCCUUUACGUUCGUAUAGGCUAUAAUUAUUUAUUCUUUAAAUUUCUACAUAGAUAUUCUGUAAUUGGAUUCGCAGUUUUCUCCAUUAAUUCUAUUUGAAUAUAAGAAACAUAUAAUAAAAUAACUUGAUUCUU